UUUACCUUAUAUGGACAUUUAUGGGGAAGAGGUGUUGUGAUUAUCCAUGUGUCAUAAACAUGUAACACUUAAAUUGAUCCACAUGGGACUAAACAUGAGUCAGAGCUGCAGGGCACUGUAAAUAGCCUACACUUUCACGUUACAUAAUUAAAACAAAAUGUGUCUCCUCAUUUAUUAGUUGUAUUGUUUUCUAUAUUAUAAUUUACUCUUGUCGGGUUUUUUUCAUACUGCUAUUAAAACAUGAUUUAGGUUAAGAGACAGAUUCAAGUCUGUCAUUAUUAAUUCCAAGAUGGGACAAGUGCCUUGGCUGUGGUCUGUGAGUGCUUCUCAGUUUGACUUUCCCGUGCACUAACUCACCUCUCUCUGCCUGAUGUACUGCAGUAAUGAUGGUGCUCCACAGCAGAGGGCUGCAGGACAAACUGGAGGUAAGUGGAGCGGCCGCACACACAGAGGAGUUUCCUGCAGGUUUCGCUGACGACCCAGUUUCCAAAAUAUCUCCCUGAACUCUGCCUCACUGUAGGAUUUCCUCCACCACGGGGUCAGCUCCAGCAGUGUAACAAGAAACAGCCCAAUUAUUGACAUCACCAAAUACUGAUUUAUAAUAUAAGUGCUAACAAACACAUUAAAUGUGUAAUUAUAUUAUAGGUAGAGAUAAUAUUUUUGUGCAGCACUUUGGAAAUAAACUUUCAAAUUAAGAAUGUUCUAUAUACUGUGGGUAGGAGAUCUGAGUAUAGUAGUCUGGCAUUGGCUGAUUCAAAAGUUGGAAGAAGAGUACAAUUAAAGGUAUUAAACAUAACAUAACAUGCAAUAAAUUUAAUUCCUGCCCCCAGAAACUGAUUUCUUUUGGUGACAUAGAUGUUUGAAUAUGGUCUCUAGCACCAUAUGAAAUCAGUGUUUUGGGAGGUGGACACUCAGCACGUGCACAGUACUGUAAAUGAAUGAAAUAGUGAACUAUGAUAUGUUGGUGCCACAGGAAAAAAAUCUAGGUCAUGUUUGGGUAAACUACUGCCCUCCUCUGUUUGGAACUAAACUGGUCCCAGCUGCUGUCCUGUUUUUCAUUUCUCCUCCUUUUGUCAACACUGAACAACUGCACUUCCUGUCUUCCAGGUGACUUACUCUAGGUCAAUGUAAAAACAACAGAAUAAAUUAUGAUAAUUAAAAAUGUGUGUGUCUUUUGUGAUUUGUCUUGUUGUAAUUAAAACAUUUGUAACAUGAUGCUUUAGUGAUUUUUAGAUGCACUCACUGUGCAGAAAUGCUUCAGCUUCAACUGUGAAAGACAACUCUAUGAAUCAGAUAAUAGAGAAUUAUCUCCUUACACUGGAAGUAAUGUAAGUAACAUGCCAAGGACAUAAGGAGGAAGCAUGGGAUUGAACCACAAACCAUAGUGGUUAAUAGAUAAGCAGCUUGACAAAUUGGAGCAGGUCAACAAGAGUCCAGUCAAAUAUUCCUAAGUAUGGAAAAAGAAGGGAGUAGCAUUCAUGUCAAAUGCGGACACAAAACAUGUCUUAGCCAUCGGAUGUGAUUACAAAUGGCCCCCUCUCACCAGCCUUUAUUAAGGGAGUGAACACUGAUGUAAGGCCCAGUAUUUUAUGUGAGUGACAGGCACCGUGAUUAUACCGGAACAAAUAGCCCCAUGGCAUAUUUAAUGUCUCAAUCAAGGACAAAGCUCUAAGGGAGUUCAUUGUGUCCUCUAUAUGUGAGUUCUACCUUGAGAUCUGUAUGACUGUAUGAAGAAAAAAAGUUUUUAGUCUUAAAUGCACACACAGCAACCCGCUACCUGCAAUAAGAAAGUAAACAAUUGUGGAUGCCAUAUUGUAAAAACUAAUGUCAAUGCCUGUCAAACUACCCAACCUAAUCCAACUUUAUUUCGAAAACACUUAUAACCAGUUACAGUUAAAUCUAGCUUUUAAUAUGGGAAACCAUUAAAUUAAUGUUAACAUGGGCUUCAGUUUUAUUAACACAUAAAAAGGUCAUUCAGCCACGUGCAUUUAAAAAUGCGUUAACAUCUCUAUUAAAAGACCUCCUAUAGCGUAUUAUAAUUCUCAAAACCAUGAACUACUCACCGCUGGUACGGUAUUCAUUUGAACCAUUGAUUUGAACACAUUCAAGGUCUUUCCCCAUUCACUCCAUUGAAAUGUUUUUGACCCCUCCCAUCUCAUCGUCUCCUAGCAACAGAGCCCACAGGCCGCUCCUGAUUGGUCCAUUUCCAAGAAUCCGCCAUAUUCAAACUUCCGCCGUGCUGUGUGUUCUGUUGUCAUCGAUCUCUUCUCUGUCUUUUGUACCAAACAAGACCCUUUUUAUUCGUUUAGACUGUCGAUCUUUACUCUAUUUUACGCUAUUUUACUCCAGCAACCAAUUUCAAAGCCGAGCCUCCAUGAAAAUGGAAGAAAACGAGGAUAUCUGCGGAACUAUGGGUAAUAAAAAGAGACUUCGUAGAGUGUCAUCGCGGACGUCCACCACCAGUAUCAUUAGCGUUACCGAUCCUUCCCCCAAACUGCUCCGGAGAAACAGCUCAAAGAAACAUGUUCUACAAAGGGGCAGUUCCUUCACAUUUCUGACUCCUGGGACACCAUGGGAAUUUGGUCUGAAGAGAAAGCGCAAAGACAAAGACGAUGAUACAGUCAGUUUGUCAAGUUUUGACUUGAAGGAACCAAACAACAAACGCGUGAGGUCAUUAGCCAAGGUUUCAUCCCUCGUCAGUUUGAUUUCACCUUCCAAAAAUGGAGCAGUCCGCCGCUUUGGACAAACAAUUCAAUCUAUGUCUUUACGAAGUGACAGCAAGUCUCCGGGUAUGACGCUCAAAGGGAAUAGCAAAGCAGCAGGUCCCACACCAACCAAACGGCGAAACAGCACGCUAUGGUCUGAGACGCUGGACGUACAUCAGAAGAGUACAUUCUCCACCAAAGAGAUCAAACGACAAGAAGCAAUCUAUGAGCUGUAUAGGGGAGAACAAGAUCUGAUUGAAGAUCUUCAACUUGCUAGAAAGGCAUACCAUGAUCCCAUGUUGAAGCUCUCCAUCAUGACUGAAGAGGAAUUAACUCACAUAUUUGGUGACCUUGAUGCGUAUAUCCCUUUACAUCAGGAUCUUUUAAUGAAACUAACUGACGGAACAGGUCCUGAUGGAACUGUAGCUCAAAUUGGACAGAUUGUAAUAGACUGGCUGCCUGGCCUUAAUGCUUACAAAGGCUACUGCAGUAACCAACUGGCAGCCAAAGCCCUCCUGGACAUGAAGAAGCAGGAUAAGCGAGUGCAGGACUUCCUGCAGCGAUGCCUUGAGUCCCCUUUCAGCCGAAAACUAGACCUUUGGAGCUUCCUGGACAUCCCUCGUUCACGACUGGUCAAAUAUCCUCUGCUGCUCAGAGAGAUACUCAGACACACUCCUCCUGAUCACCCGGAUGUGGCCAGUCUGGAGACGGCUAUAACCAUAAUCCAGGACAUAUUGUCUGACAUAAAUGUGAGAAAAGGGGAGUCCGAGUGCCAGUAUUACAAAGAUAAACUUGAAUAUUUGGAUGAGAAACAGCGGGACCCUGUCAUAGAUGACUGUAAGACCCUCCUCUGUCAUGGUGAACUGCGCAACAAGAGUGGCUCGAGACUGCAUGUGUUCCUGUUCUCUGAGUUGUUGAUCUUGACCCGUCCCGUGACUCGAAAUGAGAAGAGCUGUUUCCAAGUUUAUCGUCAGCCCAUCCCAGUCCGGGACCUGGCUCUGGAGGACCUGCAGGACGGAGAGAUCCGAAUGGGUGGUUCCUUCAGAGGGGCCUUUGUGGCUGGCGAAAAAGCUAAAAAUGUCUUUCGUGUGAGCUCCGUGGAUCCAGCUCAUGGCCAGUCACACACGCUGCAUGUCAAUGACAUCUACCACAAGCAGCAAUGGCUAAACUGCCUGCGCGCUGCCAUAGCCCAACAUCAGAGGGCUCCACCUAAAGCUCAGGAUGAGGUCAUUGCACCUAAACGAAGCUCUUCUACUUCCUCAUUCACUAUUAAAGAUAGUGAAGAAGAAACGGAUGAAAACAGCCCUCCUCCCACUUCUGGCCCGAAGUUAAGACCCCAGACUGUCUCAAAAACCAGAGUGGAUCAAAGCUCACAAGUCACUGCAAAGAGAAAGGAAACAGGAGUCUAGACUUGUAUGUUGAGUUUAAGAAUGAGCCCUUUCAAACAAACUAAACCUUACAUGAGUCUCGUGUGAUUUUCAACCACUGCUGGUUUUAUUUUGUUGCCUGUAGCUGCACUGACAAAAGCUUCUGCAAAGGUUUCCGUCCAAGUCUUAAAUUUCAUGCAAACAGUGUAUUUAGUUUACAAAAUGUGCUUUUGUGAUGUCUGCUUAUGUUUACACGUGUCAAUUAGGGAUUUAUAUGUUUGCUUGUUUUACAACAUGUUACUGCCUCCAUUCAUACUUUUUUAAUAGUCAAAUGGCAGUGCUAUUUCUACUUUGUGCUUUGGGAUCAAUAAUGUAUGAAAAGAAAAAUGCUCUGAUUCAGAAAUUGUAAACUGAAAAAUGGCCAACACAAAUGUGACACAGAAAAAUAAAAAUCAUUAGUUUGUACAUG